AUGUUGAUUUUGUAUGAGAUUAACAUAAGGACGGGGUACUUUAACACCACAAUAAUGAGAGUAACAACCGUGUUAGGCUACACGCAUACUUAUUUCACUUAUGGCUUCAGGACUAUUCGCCUUUUUUUGGACACGUCCAUACGCCAUUUACAAUACGAGAUAAGAAAUCAUAAAUCGGAGAUUCGGCUGAACGAAAUACACACUCUGCAGAGUUGCACAAAAUGUGGAAAAGUGUUUCGAGUAGACGGAGAACAAAGGGAUUUGCAACCAGACAAACAUUGUUGUGUGCGAUUUCUGAGUCAUAUAAUAUCAACCGAGACGUGCCGACAUAAAAGUAAGCAGAAAGCAGUGCUUUUCUACGAUUCAAAGGCAAGAAAACGCUGUAAAUGGUACGCAACGAUUAUUUUUAGAAAGAGUAUCCGCAAAGAUAGAUGCUAUAUUCAGCGGAUUGACGAAUUAAUGGAAGAACAUCAAAAAAAUACCGGUGAUGUAAUGACCAUACAGCAGUUUUUGUUCUUUAGGAACGACACACAAAAAUAUUUUGGCAUGAUGAAAGGUGUGGCAGCGAUCGUAAAUGCAAUUCUUUCUGGAUGCUCGUUUAUAAACAGCAAAUACCGGUUUGAACUGUUCUGGUCGCUGCGGUUUUUGUACAAAACAAAAAAAAUGUCGAUGAAAAGCGCCGAACUUCUGCACACGCAGAUGACACAACGAUCUUAUCGAUCGUACAUGAGCAUGCUCGGUGUUGAAUCGCAACAAAAACUUCAUCAGCAGUUGCACCUAUACACACGAAUUCGAAAAUUCCAUAAACUAUGUAAUUUCUUGAAAACUCGCAGCCAAACAAAAAAAAUGGCAUUCUUGCUGAGCGGAUAUUACUUUGAAAAUAGAACCUGCGUGAUAAACGCACCUUCAUUUUUCGACAUGGAUGAGGAGAUAAGAGAAAUCGUUGUAGACGACAUUUGGGUGUACGAAUCGUAUAACUUCCCGAUCAAAGUGUCUUGUAACACAGAAAGUAGACGACUGAACAUGCUGUACAAAUGUGGUGACAACCUAAGCAACGAUUUCUUUAUGCUAUGUGUUACUGAGUAUGUCUCCUACCUCUUGAAAUUGAAAACGGCGAAGUACAAGAUUUUGCUUUUUGCUAGCCGCUCGGGAGUGAUCGAGAUGCUGGAAGCCGAGACGUUUUCAGCUACAUAUAGGAAUAAAACUGCCGAUCUGAACUCGCUGAGCAGCACACAGCAAGAAGUCCUCUUGAAGACAUUUGCUGCCUGUAUACUAGUGGCAUACCUGUUUGGAGUCGGCGAUCGAAACGAUGACAACUUUCUGGUCACUUCUGGAAAGUGCGUACUACAGAUUGAUUACUCAUAUAUCCUGGGCAAUGACCCGAAACCGUUUAGAAAUAACGUUGUUAUUCCGAGAAUAAUGCAGAGGAUUCUUCGCUCUGAUGAACUGGUAUUUGAGAAAUUCAUGUCGUACUAUACCGAGUACUUCUUUAAAAUUCGUGGGUACAAGGACCAAUUGCUCGUAUUUUUUCGUUUCGUAAAUGUUCAUCCGUUUUCUGACGCGGAUAUUAUGGCAGUACAAAAAUACUUCACGGCCAAGCUACACCUCGAACAGUCCAAGAACGAGUUGGCCCGUACUAUGAGAGAGGAAGUUAGAAAGGGAAUGACUUUUAAGUUAAGUGGAUUGUAUGCGAUGUUUAAUGUAUUUGGCAAGUACCUACGAAGAUAGGUACGUUCACGGAAUGAAUAACCCGGAAAACGAGCACAUCAACUGCAGAAAACAUGGUCAAACGACUUAAUUUUGCGAAAGUAUCGUUGAGCACGCGUAUAAAAAGACCAUCGUACGUGCCAAUCCUCUGUUUAACGCAUUUUAAUAAAAUUACCAUGGCGAAUA